AAGCAUAAAACGCCAAUGGACCAAAUUCCUACAUGGGUCUGUAUCGCGCAGCAUGAAUCUCACUUCGACACCUCAGCCGUGGGACGUCUGAAUGCGGAUGGCAGCGCCGAUCAUGGAAUCUUCCAAGUCAGUGAUCUCUACUGGUGUUCGCAUGAUCGCUACGGUAGUGGCAAGGCUUGUGGUCUGCAGUGUACCAAGCUCCUGGACAACGACAUAACCGACGAUGUUCGUUGCGUCAAGCGCAUACACGGUGAACACGCGCGUCUUUCUGGUGAUGGCUUCACCGCCUGGAGCGUCUACAACCAACACUGCCGCAACCAGCAGUAUGAAUUUGUAUCCUCGUGCUUCAAGGAUCAAUACUCAACGCUUCAACAGCCAGCUAAAACGCACGUUUUUACUUCACCCGUAACAUUCUCCUCCCAAACACCACACGCACACGCAUACCAAGUCAACCCCUUCCUCAAACACAGUGGCGUCCCACCCAAAUCCACACCUACACUUCAACAAUACACAUCCCCAAACACUUACACACAGCCACACCAUACACAACAACACAAGGGUAAAGUUUAUAAACGAUGUGAAUUAGCUCAAGAAUUGUAUUUUAAACACAAGUUUCCAAUGCAGGAUAUACCUACCUGGGUGUGUAUCGCCCAACAUGAGUCCAACUACGACACAUCAGCAGUUGGGCACCUCAACGGUGACGGCAGUGCGGAUCACGGCCUCUUUCAGAUAAGCGAUCUCUACUGGUGCUCACACGACAACUUUGGCGGCAAGGCGUGCAACAUUCCGUGCGCGAAGCUACUCGACUCCGACAUAACCGACGACGUCAAGUGCGUCCGCACAAUACACGAGGAGCAUACGCGCAUCUCGCGCGAUGGUUUCACAGCGUGGACGGUGUACGACAGGAAUUGCCGCAAUCAGCAGAUCGAACAGGUCUCCGCCUGCUUCGAGAGCAAUGAGUUAAGUAAGACCGAACAAUUUCUAACUACAACGCAGAUGGGUGGCUACAACGAUGACAACAGUAAGCGCACAACGACAACUGAGCUGGCGGUGGCGAAGGGUAAGAUUUACAAGGAGUGUGAACUGGCGCAGGAGCUGUACUACAAACAUGGGAUGCGUCUGAAUGAUAUACCAACCUGGGUUUGUAUUGCUAAGCACGAAUCUAGCUUCAACACGGCAGCUGUGGGACGACUAAAUGCAGAUGGCAGCGCAGACCACGGACUUUUCCAGAUCAGUGACCUCUACUGGUGCAGCCACGAGGAUUCCGGCGGUAAGGCAUGCAACAUUCCGUGUCACAAAUUGGUGGACUCGGAUAUCAGCGAUGAUGUGCAGUGCAUCAAAACUAUACACGCGGAACACACGCAAAUUUCAGGUGACGGCUUCACAGCUUGGGUUGUUUACAACAGACAUUGCCGCAAUCAACAGUUGGAGCGUUUGGCUAAAUGCUUUCCAGCAGACGACAUACAGAAAGCACUUCACGCUGGCCCAGUCAUUGGAAGUGGACAACAAGCCAACGCAGUAGUGGGUAAAGGCAAAAUAUACAAGAAAUGUGAGUUAGCGCAGGAUCUGUACUUUAAGCACAAAAUGCCUAUGGAAGAGGUGCCCACCUGGGUUUGCAUAGCCGAGCACGAGUCGAGUUUGAAUACGGCCGCUGUGGGACGCCUCAAUACGGAUGGCAGUGCGGAUCAUGGCCUUUUCCAAAUAAGUGACCUGUACUGGUGCUCACACGAUGGCGGCGCUGGCAAAGCCUGUCUGAUUUCCUGCAGCAAACUGUUAGACAACGACAUAACCGAUGAUGUUCGAUGCGUAAAAACCAUUUACGAGGAGCAUACACGUCUAUCCGGCGAUGGAUUCACUGCGUGGACAGUUUAUAAUCGGAACUGCCGCAAUCAGCAAUUGGAGCAGAUAAGUUCCUGCUUCGAUAGCAACGAAUUGCAGAAGGCACAUCAAGUCAAACGAGUUGGACAGAGUGAGAAACCAAUUCAUGUGGGUCAGACCCACAGAAUUAAGCAAAUGCCAAUAAGCUUACCCAAGAAAAUCAAACACAAGGGCGAAUUAAAUCAUCCAUUUGUAAAUAACCCAUUUUUAAAUCAGUACAGUGCUUUAAAAUGUGUGCCUACUACUACGGCGCCUAGUGCAACUACCGCUUCCAAUUAUGCGUUCAACGGCAUUGAAGCAGUUUCAUCAAAAACAGAAUAUAUUAAUAAUCCAUUUUUAAGCCAAUUUAUGCAAACCCUUCAACCUAUUAGCGAGGAAGCAUCGAAGCCUAAAAUCCAUACUAACAUAGCAAAUUCUAUAUCAACACCCGCUUCAUACGCUUCCAACCCCUUUGUUAUUAAUUACCAAAAAACCGAUACAGCGCCGCAAAAGCCUCAGAAACUUAAAUUUAACUCCAACCCAUUUUUAACUAAAUACAUUGACCAAUCGGCAAGCUUAACUAACAUUAAAACAGCCAGCAAACAAACUUCAACUGCCUCCCCAGAAAGAAGUAAAUAUGAACAAGCUGAUACAUCGCCGCAGAAAGCUCAGAAACUAAACUUUAACUCCAACCCAUUUUUAACUAAAUUCAUCGACCAGUCGGCAACCUUAACUCACAUUGAAACAGCCAGCAAACAAACAUCAACGGCUCUCCCAAAAAUUAAGCAACAAAGCGCCCAAUAUCAAAGUAAUUCUUUUCUUCAAAAAUUUUCAGCCACAACGCAAGAUUUCAGUGCCAAGCCAAGCGCGAAACCUGAUCGAGAACAAUCGCAUACCACACCGAGUAGCACGGAAAAAACAAAGCUGCAUUUGCAUCCAACAAGAACCUAUGUGGACAGUGACGUAUUCCGUACGACCCCUUUGAAAUCAAAAGCUCCAACCACCGCGCUUAAACCAGCAGUUGUUGCGUAUGCGACACCUACCACAACUGCCAAAUCGAUUACCCAAAACCCUCAAUUGCAAUAUUAUUCGAGUCUGCCCACAAUUACAACAAAGAAACCUACAACAAUGGCAACAGUUAUACAAAAGCCAACUGUCGGAGCGCAGAAUAAAAAUCAGCCAGCAACACUCGCUGGAAUAUCCACAACGAAACGGCCGAGCGCAGCCCCAACUUGGAACUGGCAACACCAACCACAAGUGCAACCUACAAAAGUUGCUUCCACUCAAAAAACGACAAGCACAACUAAGUCACAAAUAACAACGAAAUCUACAACAAGUGCUCCUCUUACUACGCCAAGGACCACAAAACUGCCAAACACCCAGAGGCCAGUUACAGCAAAAAGCAGCAACUCCAAAAAAGCAACGGUAACUACAACGCAAAGACCAUUGACCACAAGAUACAGAAAUACAGAAAUAUCCCAACAAAGAAAAACCGCUCAGACUGCAGCCACUACGAACAGGCCUGGAACAACAAUGUCAACCAAAAAACCGCUGACCACAAAAAAUGCAGGUGUUUCACAACGACAGAACACCCCAUGGACUACCACAACAACAACUCCAAUCCCUAAAACACUGGCCAUAAAUGGUUCACCAGUAACCCAACGAAAGACCACCAAGACUUCUGGCAACACGAAUAAACCAGCGACAACCACCACAACAACUAGAAAACCAACAACCAAACAAACCGCCACAAAAACUACCUCAAGAAAUAUUGUCAGCGCUACUAAAACUGCCUCCAACCGUGAAAAUAUAGCUGCCACGCGAAGACCUUCAACAACAGUGAGAUCGCCUACAACACAGAGAACUCCCGUUGCAGCAAAAACUACCACACGACCGACUACAAGUACCACUCAAAGGACGACAAAACGUACAACAACGACGACAAAAAUGCACCUAGAUUACUAUCCUUCCACGACUACACGGCAGCCAGGAACUACUGUAAGAACGCCGAUAACUACGAAGGUAACGAAGCGUCCUACAUCAGGUAUUCCAAAUACUUUCCCAACAACAAGAGUGCCAUAUACAACCAGGAAGGUUACCACGACUCCUCCGAUUACAAGGUUUAAAGUAAAAUCACAAAAUAGCACCACAGCCACAACUAGGGCUCCGACUAAAAUACAGCCAGCGACGACAACGAAAAGUGUAAACACUGCCCGUGUAACUACGCGAAGACCCGCUUUGUAUGCAACGAGUGCUGCGGAAGCAACUACUACAACACUUAAACCGAAAUUUACCGGAUCUUCAACCAUCCGAACAACAAAUCCGUACCGCGACGACCCCUUCAGUCAUCCAUUUUUUGCGAAGUACAAAGAGCAAUUCACAGUUUUUGGCUCGACAACUACACGCAAGCCAGCGAGUACUACUAACAAAUACGAGUACCGGCCUCUGGCAAAGCAUGGUGAAGAGAGCGAAUACUAUCAGCAGUUCAGGAAUCAUACAGCUGGUAAUGUGAAGACCGUUUAUGCCUAUGCGUUUGGCCAAAACGGCGCGCUAACUGGACACUAAUUGCAGACGCUGGGAGCAAACAAGAGCUAUGUAAAUAUGUAGCUCCUCGCAUGCGGACAAAUGAACGAAUACUCGUUUAUUGAGAUACAUACAACCGAAAGUGGAAUUCAAAGUAGUAUUAAGAGCCUAGUUAAGGAAGGAAAAUCGUUUGCGAAUUUUUGUGAUGCUGUCAAAAUGUGAUUUUUUUUUUUUUUAUAAACUACACUUUAAACGAGGACACGAGUAUACUACAUAAUCAUAGAUAAUCAAAUACACAUACAUAUUCAGAUAAGUACAUCGCCAUGGCACUGGAUGCAAUA